CACAGUGUGCCAAAAAUGUCUGUAUUCCAAAUGAAUGAUCUAUUAAUUGUCCUCAUUCUACUAUUGGCAUUCACUUGGCCAUCUCUGGGACUGAUUUGCAAUCGAGUUCCUUUGGGUGCCACUGCAGCCAAGUCGCCAGUUGAUGACAAUUAUGUCCUCUCAGUGGCUGGGACACAACAGACCUAUGUUCCGGGUCAGAGAUAUAAUGUAACAUUAAAUGCAUAUUCUGGACUGUCCUUCGUGAGUUUUAUGCUAGCUUUGGAUGUAGAAAAUGGUGACAGUGAGGAUGAUGCCAAUGCUAUGGGUACUUUUGAACUUGUCGACAUCUCAGAGACGCGUUUCAGUCCACGGUGCGCCAAUUUGGUGGAGAACACCAAUACGAAUGUGAAGACACGCGUUGAUGUCGUCUGGGUGGCUCCCUCAACGCCUGGCCAGGGCUGCGUAUUGUUACGGGCAACUGUAAUGCAGCAUCGCGAUGUGUGGUUUAUGGACGAUGGAUUUCUCACCAAGCGAAUGUGUGAGGAAGAGGUGGAUGACAUUGAUACACAGCCAAGUAUUGUGGAUCCAUGUUGUGCUUGUGAUGAAGCGAAAUAUGAGUUGACUUUCGAGGGCAAAUGGUCGCGUCACACACAUCCCAAGGACUUUCCGGCAAACAGUUGGCGUACACGUUUUAGCGAUAUUAUAGGCGCCUCUCACACCAUUGACUAUCGGUUUUGGCAGUAUGGAGAACUCGCCAGCGAGGGUUUGCGUGAGGUGGCCGAGCAUGGGUCCACUCGAACUCUAGAGAGUGAGCUCAAGGAUCAAAGUGAACAUAUUCGGACUAUCAUCAAGGCACGCGGCAUAGCCUAUCCCAAUGUGACGGGGAAAACAUUUGCUGUGUUCCGUGUGGACUCCAAUCACCAUUUAAUCUCAUUGGUUUCCAUGGUGGAUCCCUCACCGGAUUGGAUAGUGGGCGUAUCGGGACUGGAACUCUGUUUGCCCAAUUGCUCGUGGGUGGAAAAUAAAGUGCACAAUUUAUAUCCCUGGGAUGCGGGCACGGAUAGUGGCCCAUCUUAUAUGUCCGCUGACCAGCCACAAGUGCCGCCAGAUGUGGUGCGUCGUAUCAAAUCGAAUUUUCCCAAUGAUCCACGUUCACCUUUCUACGAUCCCACCGGAGCCCAGAUGAAGCCCUUGGCCACUCUGCAUCUCAAUCGACGACGUCUCUAUGAGAAAAACUGCGAGUCAGUGGAUGCUGAGCAACAGCAAGCCGAGUGCGAAACAAAUGCUUGGAGUCGAUGGGAUGAAUGCAGUGCCAAAUGUGGACCCGGCAAACAAUACAGAACACGUGACUUCAAGAAUCCCGCUCUGGCUUCGCGCAAUCGAUGCAACAAUGCUUUGCGAGAGGAGAAGAACUGUAUGGGUCGCAAAUGUUCCAGCUUUAAUGAAGAAGCACCUGAAGGUGCUCAAGCGGAAGAGGGAGCUCCUCCAUCCGCUUCCGAAGAUCCCAUUUGCCAGGUUAGUGAGUGGAGCGAAUGGUCAAGCUGUACGGUGACAUGCGGCACAGGUGAAAUGAUCCGAUCGCGUCAUUACCUCAACAAAAAGGCCAAGAAGAAGUGCCAGAAGGUCAGCAAGGUACGUCUGCAGGAGACAAAAGUCUGCGAGGCAAUGGAAUGUGGCGGAGAGAUUGCCAAUGGCGAAGGCGGGGCAGAGGAAGGAGAAGAUGAUAACCAGGCAGGGAAUGGCGACGAAGAGGCACAGGCUGAAAGACGCUCCCUAUUUCGGAACUUUGAGAGCUAUAGUCAGCAUAAAGAGGAAUACAUUCCAGCAGCAUGUGGUGUAUCGCCUUGGUCUGACUUCUCGCCCUGUAUGGGUCCCUGUGGCGGCUCUGGGCAGCGGCAACGUAUUCGUAAAGUAUGGAAUAAUCACCAAGUUUAUGGCAUUGAGCAUGAUGGCAAAGGCAGCCACGACCCUUGCCGACAUAUCAAAGUUCAGGAAGAGGUCAACUGUACUAAUCCCAGCUGCGAUACCAUCGUGCCCCUUCAUUGCUACGAACAACUCACGGAAAGCCAUUGCCGCGACAGCGACGUAACCAAUUAUUGGUAUUACGAUCACAUCAGCGAUCAAUGCGGCAUCUAUUGGUCUGAUCGUUGUGACACCAAUCGCAACAAGUUCAAGUCGAAAGAGGAAUGCGAAGACACCUGCCGUUUGCCCCGACACAAACAGGAGCUCCAAUACGAGGGAGUCCAUCAUGCCGUCGAUUGUAUGGUAUCCGAUUGGGUAGCCCACAGCUGUAAUGCCACCUGCGGCGAGGGAGUCCAGUUGAAGACACGUCGUGUCCUGCGCACUCCCAAGUACGGGGGAAAAUCCUGUCCAAAGCAUUUGGUAAGGCACGAUCGCUGCUAUCAGCGUUGCGACGACAUGUAUACGGUAACUGGUGGCGGGGGCUAUGGUGAGCGGCGUCACAUGACCUCCAAGAUGCAGCCCAUGGAGCCGCGAGACGAAUGCCGCUACUCAGAAUGGUCGGCAUGGACGCCAUGUACGGCCAGUUGUGGGGAUAAUGCAGUAAGACAACGUACAAGGACACUUCUCAAUACGGAUCUUAGCUACAAGUGCAAGGAUCGUGUACGAAUUGAAAAGUGCGUUAUGAUGCCCUGUCUAAUGAGUAGCAACGAUGAGGCAGACAAGUGGUAACACCAGAGAUGGGACACAGGUCAAUAAAGUUAACCAAUCCAAAACUACAUAAUCUUAUUAAAAUAUAAUCUUGGAAAUUGAA